GUUUUAGUAUAUAAAUUAAUCAGUGUAACCUCUAAACUUUAGAUUUUGUUUUUCUCUCGGAAGCCAAAAAAAAAAAAGUUUUGAGGAUGAAGCCAACGAAGAUCGUGAUUCCGAACCGCCGCAACGAGAAGCUCGUGGGUCUGCUUCACGAAACCGGAUCAAAAGACGUUGUGGUCUUAUGCCAUGGCUUUAGAUCGGACAAAGCCAACAAGAUUCUGAAGAAUGUGGCUACAGCUCUAGAGAUAGAAAAAAUCAGCUCUUUUCGAUUCGAUUUCUCCGGCAACGGAGAUAGUGAAGGAACUUUUUACUAUGGUAACUUCAACAGUGAAGCAGAGGAUGAUCUGCAAAACGUUAUUCAACACUUGUCCUCAAACAUGAACCGUGUAGUUCCUGUGAUUCUAGGUCAUAGUAAAGGAGGUGAUGUUGUUGUUCUCUAUGCUUCAAAGUAUGGCGAUAAUAUCCGCAAUGUAGUCAAUAUUUCGGGACGUUUUGAUCUAAAGAAAGGUGUACGUCUUGGAGAUGGUUAUAUGGAAAAGAUCAAGGAACAAGGGUUCAUUGAUGCUACAGAGGGGAAAUCUUGUUUCCGUGUUACUCAAGAGUCUUUAAUGGAUAGGUUAAACACUGAUAUGCAUGAAGCUUGUCUCAAGAUUGAUAAAGAAUGCAAAGUCUUGACGGUUCAUGGUUCGGAUGACACGGUUGUACCUGUGGAAGAUGCUAAGGAGUUUGCAAAGGUUAUACCGAAUCAUAAGCUGGAGAUUGUGGAAGGAGCUAAUCAUGGUUACACUAAACACCAGAAGGAAUUGGUUUCGAUAGUUGUGGAGUUUAUAAAGACUGCGAUUGUCGAAGAACAGCUAGUCAGUUUGUCUUUGGAGAAUAGUUCAUCAUCAUCAUGAUGUUACAUUCUACAUCAUCUGAAUUCUGGCUUUUGUGCUUUUUUGUUCA